AUGGACUUCCUCAAGACAGACACUCUACUCCUCGGAGGCGCCCUUCUUUGCGUCGCACUCGUUACGUAUGUCUACGCCGGCAUCACAAAUCCGCUUUCACAUAUCCCAGGUCCAUGGUACACCCGGUUCACCACGAUGGCCUCCGUCUAUAAAACCAUCAUGGCGUGCCAUCCUGUUUGGAUCCACGAGCUACAUGCGAAAUACGGCCCAGUGGUGCGAUACAGCCCACACCAGGUCGAUGUCUCUGACCCGCCUGGAUGCCAACACAUCAUCGGCGCCAAGACCGGCUUCCUCAAGUCGCCUUGGUACUCCCAACUCGUUACGGACUCCUCAAGCGUCUUCAACGAGAUCAAUCCAGACAUUCAUCGCAAGUAUAGACGACUUUUGUCAAAUCCCAUGUCUGAGACUGGCCUGAAGACAUUCUUGCCCCGGAUUGACAGCAAAGUGCGACUUGCUAUCUCGCGCAUCGAGGAAGAGAACAAAGUUCGCGGGGCGGCCGACGUUGCCAAGUGGUUCAUGUUUCUCUCGUUUGACGUCAUUGGUGAUCUUACCUUUGGUGAGUCGUUUGGGAAUCUAGAGAGAGGCGAGAAAAACCAAUCCGUCAAUGAUUUUAUCAGCUUAGGCUUUGUUUCUAGCCUUCGCACUACGUUCCCAAUAAUUGCCUUCCUGUCGCUCUAUCUCCCUAUCCCGGUCUUCAAGGAAGCCACAACCAUUCAGUAUCGAACUUUCGACUACACCCAAGACGCACUAGACCGCCACGCCAAGCGGAUUGAGGAGACUGGCUCUGAUUCACACCCAAGCGUCUUCUCAAAGGUGUACAAUGCAGGGCAGGAAGAAACAUGGACGCCGAUUGAGAUCCGCGACAACGCUCAGGUCUUUAUUGUAGGCGGCAGCGACACCACCGCUAACUCUAUGAUUUACCUUGUCUGGGCUGUUUGCAAGUACCCCAACAUCAAAGCUAAGCUCUUAAAGGAGCUGGACGGCCUCCCCGAUGAUUAUACCUACGACGAUCUGAGGGAGCUGAAGUACCUAAAUUGGGUUGUCAACGAAACACUGCGGCUCUAUACAGCUCUACCAUGUGGCCUCCCGCGGAUAGUCCCUGCCAGUGGUGCUGAGUUUGCUGGAAGGUUUAUCCCUAGUGGCUUCACAGUCACAACACAAGCCUAUAGUCUCCAUCGGAAUGAGAAUGCUUUCCCUGACCCAUACCGCUUCUACCCGGAGAGCCUGCCUGGGUCGACACUUGGGGCGAAUCGAGCUCCGCCUAAUCACUGCAAGGUUCUUCAAGGCUUUCCCGAAGGCCACAGUAUCUGA